CACCCACCCUAAUUAUUAUGCUUUUAUUUGCAACGACGCUCCUUCUGUCCACAUCAUCAUCGAAGAUACCCACUCACGACGCUCCUUUUAUCGUACCGGCUGGUCCACUCGAAACAAGCUAUAGACUUUCCUUUUGCAUUUUGCGGAUCGGGACGGUUGAUACCCCAACGGGAUAGACACUCCUUUGACGACAUACACUGUACUAUGAUGAAUGUAUUUCAUCGGCAUAGAAUUCGCUCCUUACGGACUCCCAUCUUCGCAUGAUCACGAUACCCAACUGCAUAGCGACUGUUGUUUUGGUUUGGUUUGUUUGAUUUGGUUUGGCUGUUCUGGACAUGGGCAUCUCGGAUCUUUGGCUUCUGGAAGCAGCAAGGCUGUUGACGUUAGUCCGGCGAGGUCUCUAUUUGGGAGCGAAGAAAACGGAGGAUUUGGCCUUUUGUAUGGAAACCACUGGGUGUUUUCUGGUUGCAUUGGGCGGCGUUCAUCUGGUUGCACGGUUUUGUGUCCCUCCUAUGGAAGUAAUAUUGCUCAAGGGGUUCUCGUGCUGGCGAUCUCUCGAAUUGGAAUUAGGCUGAUUGUAUGUACGAGAAGGACGGGAAGGACGGGAAGAGAUAGUAAUAAUUGCAGUCGACUGUUGACUGUCUCGCUUGAACUACUACCACUUUUGAGUCUUCGUGAUACGCAGCGAGAGCCCUGCCUGCUCCGUCCUGUCUUCUUAUAUAACAUUAAUAUACGGCCUCCUCUUGAGUCUGCUCGUGUCUCGCGCUUUUAUUCUGUCCACCUGUUGGGCUUUCGAAGGCGACAGCCCGUGGGCCAGAUCCCCCCUCGAGCCACUCUAAGAUCUGCUCCUCGGAAUCCCGUCAGUGGCCCCUUUCAUCCUCCAACGUGUUGCUUGAGUUCGUGUUCUCACUUUCCAUGGCCAAUGAAAGCCAGAGAGAACAAACAGGUUAUGCUAUUGUUGGACAGUGGACUAUAUAAAAUGGGUGGAAGUGUGAACACUUCUGCUCAUGUCUGUAGCAAUUCUGUACCGUUGGCCCCUUCAACCUUCGGGUCCAACAAAUGUUUCAGUUCUGGUGGCCAAAGACAAACUGGGAACAAGGGGGGUGAGGGGGUUAACUUGAGCGUAACGGGCGAUUGUGAUGUGAUUGUUAGGUAGUUUAGUAACAUGCGGUGAGGGAUGAUAGUUGCUCCCCUCUGAACGUUUUGUCGCCCACACCAGCCAAACCACCACCUCCCGUAUAAACAGUUGCUUGCCAGCCAUCCCACGAUAUAAUUCAAACCGCCUGCCAUGAAUUUGUAGAACUCCAUUCACCACUUCCCCAGCCCAAAACUUAACCGGCAAAAGA